AUGCCUGCGCACCACAUGCGGCAGAUACGCGAGUACGUCCGGCUGCGUCAGAUACCGGCGGUGCCAGGGGUAGCUGCGCCGAUCGGCCCUGGCCCACGAGUAGCUGUAGACGACGCUUUCGGUGUCGGAGAGGGCGCCUGGGUAGCGGUUCCAGAACCCGGUGCCGCCGAUGGACCCUUCCCCUUCCCCUUCCAGGGGUUUCGUCGAUUAGGUGGGCUGUGGGGGGUUGGUGGUGGUGGUCGUGCUGCGCUUGUUGGGAUGGUUGGUGAGGAGGGAGUGGAGUUGCUCCUUAUAAGCAUGGCGUUCUGGGGCGUAUUUAGUGCAACAAUUAGCGUAACUUUAGCGAUGUCGACCAACGAACAUUUAGACGGGCCAUCUGAGGAACGAAAGGGCUUAGUCGGUGAACUAGCUAAGGCGCUGAAUAAUGAGCCAGUUUUACCCGCAUUCUGGGCCUGUGCCCAUGUCUGCGAUCUCGAGAGGUUGAGAUGGCUCGUUGCGAAUGCACAAAAAGCCCCAUAUUUUGUCGCCGCAUUUGCCGACCAAUGCUUCAGACUCGCUCUCGCAUGGCGCCAGAGCCCCGCAGAUGACCAAAAAUCGCAAGUAUCGGACUCGGGAUCUAGUGAUGGAGGGCGUCCAAGGAAGAGACUGAAACGUGCAGGAGGACCAAGAGCACUUGCUGAAGAGCGCGACAGAGAAAGAUGUGUGUUUACGAAAGCAGCCCCCUACCAAGUGGCACAUAUCUAUCCCAACUGCCUUAUCGAGUCUUCAAAUACACGUCGAAUUUCCCACUUCUGGAACGUGCUCCAGGCCUUCUGGACCCAAGACAAGAUCAACUCCUGGCGGUCGUUGAUAUUCCGUGAUCCCGAAAACCCGCUGAAACCAUUUGACGCCUGCUUUAACUUGAUAUGUAUGAACAAUACUAUGCAUACCUUGUGGGGAGAUGGCCAUUUCGCGAUUCGUCCGCUAAACUACAACGACGAUAAAACCAAGCUGGAGGCUGAGAUCCAUUGGCUGCCGAGAUACAACCAUGGACCGCUAGAUUCCAUUCCUCUUGAUACUCCAACCCUGUCGAGCAGAGGUUUACAGAAUUCUUCUUAUAGGAAUGGCGUUCAGACUGUCCCUAUCCAUAUCGAUGGCCAGUCCAUAACUUCGGGUCACAAAGUCGUCUUCGAAACCACUGAUCCUAAACGACUGCCGCUCCCUAGUCGAGAACUACUAGAAAUGCAGUGGGCAUUGAACCGUGUGUUAUCUAUGUCGGCGGCUGUUGAGUACCAAGGCUACGAUGAAGACGACGACGAUGACGACAUGCUAGUUGGAGAGGCAGCUCCCAGUGUGAGGGAUUGGCUUGGUUCCAACGACUUUCAGCAAGGACCCGUAGAGCGUCACUCUGAAAGCUCCUCAGACGAGCAAGAAAAUUCGUUUCUUACGUCCCUCGAUCCCUCUCCCAUCAAAACGACCACCGCGGUGGAUACUAGUGAGCAGUCUGAGGUUGAAGCGGGUGGUGCUACGGCGGGACUUUAAAUUGGGUGUAGAACAUAGGAGGCGGUGGUAUUUGUUCUUCUCUUCUUUCUGUCUCUCACUGAUAUGUGUCACAGUCUACUGCUGUGUUGUGCUCUUCUAUCAUUUUAAUCUCUUUAAGUUGCUUUACUUUUUUACUCCUCCUCUGUUUCGCUGCUUGCUCUAAUAAUCUGGCCAGCGUCAAUUCAUCGCGCAUACAUCCUCAUUUUGUCCAAGGUGAGCAUCAGUUUGUACUUCUACAUUAUCCCUGCCAGACCUGGUACAGCUUCAAUCAUCUCUAUGACUCUUGCUUGCGUGAAGAAAUGAAAUCUUAUAUGCUGGUUGUUAUAGGGCUGAUAUUCUUCUGGUAUUUUAGUUUCUCUAUCAUGCUAUUCUCUGCCUGUUCUUCCACCAUGCAUAGAUCAUCUUUAAACUCUUUAGAAAAUGCAGCUUCUUGCUGAUACCAGUGAAAGUGAGACAUUCUAUAAUACACACUCUGGAGCAAGAACCCAGCAGUCUUUUAUCUCCUGUAAGUUGAAAAACCGAACACUGUCUCUUCACCUCAGCAGAGUUAUUCCAUCCAAUCUCUAGAGCUGAGUGAUCUGAACGCGUUAGCCUUCAGCUGAAAAUGGAUCCAGCAGUCUCAAGAGCCGUCCCCUGUC